AUGAAUCCCCUUCUCUUUCUUCCCAUUCUCUGUUUGGCCAUCGCUCAGGAGGCUCAGCCCACAACAACCCCAUCACCGGCUGAUGACAACGGCCAACCGCUCUCCUACGGCGGAGGACCCAGCUACGCUCAACCGCAAUACGGUCCACCACCAUUCUUCGGCCCGAUCUUCGUCCCACCCAACUAUGACUUGAACUACUGCUCGGUGCACGCCUCGUUCCCAAUGGUCGGUCUUCACCGAAGACAUCAUCACCGUGAUCACUCUCGGGAACACGGCCGUCACCGUCGUCAAGCCUACGGUGGAUACCAGCAAGGAGGAUAUGGAGGUGCAGUUGUAGGAGCUGCGCCCGUGCCAGCUAUUUCGAACUCUCUCUACUCUCCAUCGGCCGCCGCUCAACCAGCCUACGGACAACCGGGAUACGGACAAGCUUCGUAUGCACAGCCCGGCUAUCCAUCGUACUACCCCCAUGCUCGUCAUCGCUACUAUGAGCGUCAUUCGUGCCGCUACACGGCCACAUUCUCUCAGGAGACAUGUCAAACGUGCUGCCGAAUCGCCUCUCGAAAUGCCAACACUGCUGCGAGCGAGAUCACCGGCGCUCUAUUCAACUUCGACCCGGACACCAAGGGAGAUACGAUGCCCAACCCGGAGACGCAAUGCGUGUGCUGUGCCCCAAAGAAGAGCUUC